AUGCCACUUUUAGCCUUGGAGCGCAAAACUCACGGAGAGGAGUGUAUGAGGUCUUCUUACGAAUGUACCAGUCCUGAAGCUCCAAGACGAACUAGUGAUAGUCCCCUCAAGUCUACCAUUCUUUUGAAAUCUGGACCAGAAAUUAAGCCUUCGUCUGUCUGUCAAGUGAAGAGCAAUUUUUCGUCAACUUCACCUCCCGUGGAAGCCUUGGAUCUUUCCAUAAAACCACCCUCUCCAAUGAGCAAUAUGGCUUCGUCUUCAUCCUCCUCCAACCCCCUGGUGGAUUGGAUUCGUCCAUUAGGCAAUCGACUGUUUUCUCGACCUCUGCCCUCGGAGUGUGCGGACUCUAAUCCCGCGGAAGGCUUCACUACUGCCUCAUCACCAACCAGUCAUUUACGAAGUCGUCCUAGUGAAGACUACUUGGAGCAAUUUAUGCGAGUUGAUGAAACGCAAAAUGUCCUCUGGCGGCAAUUGGCUGAACGAUAUCAACGAAAUAUGGUGCCAAAUCAGUGUGGCGUCUGUCAUAAAGUGCUUAGCUGUCGCAGUGCCCUGACAAUGCAUUAUCGGGUCCACACAGAAGAGAGACCAUUCGUGUGUAAAAUUUGCGCAAAACGAUUCUCAACCAAAGGAAACUUAAAGACUCAUCUUGGGCAACAUCACGAAACCGUUGAAGCCUAUCGAAUAGCAGCGAGAACGGCAGCGUUGACAGGCUCAGUGAUGCCUCGACCUCCAGCACUGCCAGCAUUGUCAGCUGUGGUCUCUGAAAUGGAUGCUCCUUCACCUCGUGUUUCGCCAAAUAGAAGUAUACCGGACUCCACAAGCUUCGUCCUACAACCAUCUGGUCCUCCACCACCUCCACCGCCUCCCCCUCCUCCGCCUCCUCCUUCAAGCUCUGCGUCACAGCCUCUUCUGCAUCCACAACUUCCUGUUCCCUCCUCACUUUUACUACCAUCAACCUCCUCCACUCCUCUCAACCCAUCGCACUUAGCCUUAUUCAACUCUCCGAGCAUACAAAAUUUUAUUGGCGCUGCCAAUUCUCCAAUUUUGGAUGCCUCCAGCGAUUACUCCUUCAGGGCCUUUCUCCAGCAAUUAACUGCUACAACACCCAUCUUUAAUUCCUCAUCAGCGUUCCCUGGUCUCAUUAUUCCUCCGCCUCCUCUACUACCCCAUCCGCCCAAUAGGCCGUCCAGUCGGACAGACACCUUUGCCCCACCAAAUCCCGUCUGA